AUGCGUUUCUCAACCUUGUCCACAUUUGGCUUCCUUGGCUUUGCACUUCUCGCGGAAUGCAACCCUGUUGGGUUGCCUUUGGAAGCUGACAAACAUCCGGCGGUUAUCGAACCAAGCGCCAAGAAUCCAUUGCAUUCGCGCGCCGCUCCAUCUUGUCCUAUGAAAAAGAAUAAGGAGAAAGUGGCUGCACGCGCAGCAGGCGUGGAGAUACCCUCUUUUUUGAAUCGCCGAGUUACCGAGGACGAUUGCUUGGAUCUCGAGAUUAAAUACUGCAACAAAGCAGAUGAUAUAGCGGAGCUGAAAGUGGAUAUAGCGGAGAUGACCCCGGGCUCUUCUGCUAAGAAAGCAGCGGAAAAGAGGCUGAAGAAGAUGAAGAAUUCGCUUGCGCAAAUCAGGACCGCAUGGGAUCGUUGUGAAGAUGAAUUGGCAAGAGGUCGUUAA